AUGCCAUUAAAGAAGCUAUUCAAGUCCAAGCGCAAGCUUGGGCGGAUGGAAUCCAUCUCACGAAACCUGCCAAUGGACCCUUCUGGUAUUCUCACACGAGAGUUUCCAAGUCUUGUCUCACGCGCCAAGUCACCUACAGAUGUCUUGGACCUUGUUGGCUAUCCUCAAUUUACGACCGAAGGCGCCAACACGUAUACCCCACCACCCAUCACCAGUGUGCUUCAUCGAUCCUCACAACAAACGGAUGAAACCAGCUUGGCAUCACAACAACAACCACCACCAUCGAGUAAACCUAUACGGCCUACUGUGGGACCACGACGAUCCUCGUUUCAUACCUUUUCAUACGACCAAGGAGCAACAACAAGUAGCCAUUCACGAAAACGAUCCGUGAGCACACCACCACCACUCAUGAUGCCCAAACCAAUCAAUGCCGUGCCACCCACACAACAUACCGUAUUACAAUCCACUGCAAAGGAUAAGACCCAAGUUGCGUCAUCACCAUCAUCAGGUGAAGAAAGUGGCGCUUUUCAUGUUGCACGAUCAUCAUGUACUGAGCAGGAAUUGGAAUCCAUUUAUCAACAAUUGAAGCAUUAUCAACAAGAACAGCAGGAAUGGCUAAAGCGGGAAAAGGAACGUCGGCAAAGAGAAGAUUGGAUGUAUGCAAAAUUAUGCGAGUUACAACAACAAUUACAGCAACUAUCAACACGUGUCACUGGUGCUGGUGCUGGUGAUAUACAACCACUUUCAACAUGUUCACCUCCUUUUCGAAGACGACAAUCGAGUAUCAGGAUGGAUGAAAGUCAUGGUGAUGAUGAUGAUCUCGAGCAUGAAGCAUGUUGUUUAUCCGUUGACGAUGAAGAUGAAGAGGAUGAUGAAGCAAGUUCAGGCUAUGCAUCAGAAGAAGAAGAGGAAGAGGAAAGUGAGCAAGAGGAUGAGGAUGAUAGACGAUGUCGUUAUUAUUAUUAUUAUCGCCGUCAUCCUGCUACUGCUGCAGCUGCAGCUGCUGCAUAUCAACAACAACAACACCAUCGCCAAAGACCUUGGUCAUCCACCAUGAUGGCUCAUCCUUAUUACCAUCAUCAUCCUCAACAACAAUACCACCGUGCAGCUCACCACUACGCAUACCCAAGAGGAUCAUGGCCAGUACGACGACGAAAGUCAUCCGAUACCAGCAUUCGAUCCGUGCCUAAUCUUGUUAGGCGAAGUAGUAGCACCGCAUCCCGAUUUCAGGGUCCUCCUCCAUUUGUUUUUCCACAUGAUGAAAGAAUGAUACGUAAUCGAAGAGCUCCAAUAAACAUGAUGUAA